AUGAGCAAUAUUAAUCCCACUGAACUAAAAAUAAAAGUUUCAAAAGUUAAGAAUAAUACUAGAGAUGGCGGAAUACUUGUUGUGUGUAGUAAGACUGAAGGCGCAUCUAAAUUUAAAGAUGCAGCUAACGCAAAAUUAUCAAAUGCUUACGAAGUAAAAGAAAUUAAAAGUAGAAAUUCGAAAAUUAGAAUAGUUGGAAUGAUUGAGAAGCAUGAAUCUGACGAACUUAUUUCGUUACUUAAGUUCCAAAAUGAUGUCAUCCAAUCGUCCAAAGUUUGCAGCGUUGUGAAAAUUUGGGCUACCAAGAAAAAUGAUAAGAUUUAUCAAGCAACUCAGUGUUUAAUGCUAUAG